CGCUUACGGAACCACGUGAUUAUUUCGCGGGAAAAGCUUGCCCGGUCCGGAAGAGCUGCACUUUUCUCUCCCGGAGCAGAGACUUCACAUCAGCACAAUGGCGGAUUCCUCUGAGUCUUUCCACAUGGCCACCAGCCCGACCAGGACCUCCCGCAGAGGAGACCUGACCUCCAGCCCGGGGCGAGACCUGCCCCCAUUUGAGGAUGAGUCCGAGGGGCUGCUGGGAGACGCCACCAUCCACGAAGAGGAGGAAGAGGAUGGGGACGGAGAGGAGCUGAUUGGAGAUGGGAUGGAGAGGGACUACCGCGCCAUCCCAGCCCUGGACCGGUACGAGGCAGAGGGUCUGGACCUGGAUGAAGAGGAUGUGUCGGAGAUGUCUCCUGGAGCUCGCGCUGCUGCUGAAGAGGCCAUGAGGAGGAGGGACAGAGAGCAGGGGCUGGGGAGGCGUGGCAGAGAUCUGCUCUUCGACAGUGAAGAUGAGGAUGACGAGCGGCCCUCAGCUUUUAAAAGGCGAUUGCUUGAGAGGGCAGCGGAGGGCGUGACCGAGGGAGAGGACGAGGAAAUGAUCGAGAGCAUUGAGAACCUGGAAGACAUGAAGGGCCACACAGUGAGAGAGUGGGUGUCCAUGGCAGCUCCCAGACUUGAAAUUUACAACAGAUUCAAGAACUUCCUCCGAACUCACGUAGAUGAAAACGGACACAAUGUUUUUAAAGAGAAGAUCAGCGACAUGUGCAAAGAGAAUAAGGAGUCAUUGGUGGUAAACUAUGAGGACCUGGCUGCUCGAGAGCACGUCUUGGCCUAUUUCCUGCCUGAAGCUCCCACUGAGAUGCUUAAGAUUUUUGAUGAAGCUGCUAAAGAAGUAGUGCUGGCCAUGUAUCCAAAGUACGACCGAAUCGCACGCGACAUCCACGUGCGCAUCUGUAACCUUCCGCUGGUGGAGGAGAUUCGCUCACUCAGACAGCUCCAUCUGAACCAGCUGAUCCGCACCAGUGGGGUGGUGAGCAGCUGCACGGGGGUCCUGCCGCAGCUCGGGAUGGUCAAGUACAACUGUAACAAGUGUAACUUUGUCCUGGGGCCCUUCUUCCAGUCCCAGAACCAAGAAGUGAAGCCGGGGUCCUGUCCAGAGUGUCAGUCCCAGGGGCCCUUCGAGAUCAACAUGGAACAGACAGUGUACCAGAACUACCAGAGGAUCACCAUUCAGGAGAGCCCGGGCAAAGUGGCUGCUGGGCGUCUGCCUCGCUCCAAAGACGCCAUCCUUUUGGCCGAUCUGGUCGACAGCUGCAAACCCGGAGACGAGAUUGAGCUGACGGGCAUCUACCACAACAACUACGACGGCUCCCUGAACAUGGCCAACGGGUUCCCGGUGUUUGCGACGGUGAUUCUGGCCAAUCACAUCACGCGCAGGGACGAGGGCGUGGCGGUGGCCGAGCUCACCGAUGAAGACGUCAAGGCCAUCGUGGCACUGUCCAAAGACGAGCGCAUCGGAGAGAGGAUCUUUGCCAGCAUGGGUCCAUCCAUCUACGGUCAUGAAGACAUCAAGAGAGCUCUGGCCUUGUCUCUUUUUGGAGGAGAGCCUAAAAAUCCUGGCGGCAAACACAAAGUGCGUGGAGACAUCAAUGUUCUUCUGUGUGGAGACCCAGGAACAGCCAAGUCACAGUUUCUCAAGUAUGUGGAGAAAGUGGCCAGUCGUGCGGUGUUCACCACGGGUCAGGGAGCGUCCGCGGUCGGUCUCACGGCGUACGUGCAGAGACACCCGGUGAGCCGCGAGUGGACUCUGGAGGCUGGAGCUCUGGUGCUCGCCGACAGGGGAGUGUGUCUCAUCGACGAGUUUGACAAGAUGAACGACGCAGACAGGACCAGUAUCCACGAGGCCAUGGAGCAGCAGAGCAUCUCCAUCUCUAAGGCUGGAAUCGUCACGUCUCUCCAGGCUCGCUGCACCGUCAUCGCUGCUGCUAACCCCAUUGGCGGCAGGUACGAUCCCUCCUUGACCUUUGCGGAGAACGUGGAUCUGACGGAGCCCAUCGUGUCUCGAUUUGAUGUCCUGUGUGUGGUCAGGGACACUGUGGACCCUGUGCAGGAUGAGAUGCUGGCCCGAUUCGUGGUGGGCUCUCACAUCAAACAUCACCCUGGAAACAAAGAGGCGGGCGCAGCUUUAGAGGAGGUGGUCCUGCCCAACUUGUCCGACGUGCCCACCAUCCCCCAAGAACUUCUGCGAAAGUACAUCAUCUACGCCAAAGAGAGGAUCCAUCCUAAAUUGAACCAAAUGGACCAGGACAAAGUGGCUCGUAUCUACAGCGACUUGAGGAAAGAGUCUAUGGCCACAGGCAGUAUCCCCAUCACGGUGCGUCACAUCGAGUCCAUGAUCCGAAUGGCCGAGGCUCACGCCAAGAUGCACCUGAGGGACUACGUGGUGGAGGACGACGUCAACAUGGCCAUCAGGGUCAUGCUGGAGAGCUUCAUCGACACGCAGAAGUUCAGUGUGAUGAGGAGCAUGAGGAAGACGUUUGCGCAGUACCUGUCCUUCCGCAGAGACAAUAACGAGCUGCUGCUGUUCAUCCUGAAGCAGCUGGUGGCGGAGCAGGCAGCCUAUCAGAGGAACCGCUACGGAGUCCAGAACGACUCCAUCGAGAUCCCAGAGAAAGACCUGCAGGAGAAGGCUCGUCAGAUCAACAUCCACAACCUCUCGGCUUUCUACGACAGCGACCUGUUCAGAUCCAACAAGUUCAGCCACGACCUGAAGAAGAAACUCAUCGUGCAGCAGUUCUAGACCUCCACAGACUCUGCCCCCUUGUGGACACAAAUAUAUUCAAAAAAAGAAAGGGCACUUCGGUCUAAAGUUCUUGGUCUUUCAACAUGCCUGAACUUAAAAAAAAAUAUUGGGAUUUAAAUACAAAAAGCACUGUUUUUGUCAAAGCAAUUGCCCUUUUUCAGUAUGUUGCCCUCACUGUAAAUAACUGUACAUGUUCUAUUACUGUUUAACAUUUUACUCUUGUACCAGAAUAAAUAUUGAAGUUGUUUAAUGGGUGCAAGUAGAAGCUGUGUGACUACUUUGCUAUUGUGUUGUAAUGCUGUACUUUUGAUAUUAAAAAGGUUUGUCAAUAGUC